AUGAGCACUUCUCUGAAUUACAAGUCUUUCUCCAAAGAGCAGCAGACUAUGGAUAACUUGGAGAAGCAACUGAUCUGCCCCAUCUGCCUGGAGAUGUUCACGAAGCCUGUGGUCAUUCUUCCCUGCCAGCACAACCUGUGCAGGAAAUGCGCCAGCGACAUCUUCCAGGCCUCUAACCCAUACUUACCGACAAGAGGAGGCACCACUGUGGCGUCAGGGGGCCGCUUCCGCUGUCCCUCUUGCAGACAUGAGGUGGUGUUAGACAGACACGGGGUCUAUGGACUGCAGAGGAACCUGCUGGUGGAAAACAUCAUUGAUAUCUACAAGCAGGAAUCCACCAGGCCAGAAAAGAAGUCAGACCAGCCCAUGUGUGAAGAUCAUGAAGAGGAGCGCAUUAAUAUCUACUGCCUGAACUGUGAGGUGCCUACCUGCUCCUUGUGCAAGGUUUUUGGCGCUCAUAAGGACUGCCAGGUGGCGCCCCUGACCCAUGUGUUCCAGAGGCAGAAGACAGAGCUCAGCGACGGCAUUGCUGUACUGGUGGGAAGCAACGAUCGAAUCCAGGGUGUGAUCAGCCAGCUGGAGGACACCUGUAAAACUAUUGAGGAGUGCUGCAGAAAGCAGAAACAGGACCUGUGCGAGAAGUUCGAUUACCUCUAUGGCAUCCUGGAGGAGAGGAAGACUGAAAUGACCCAAGCCAUCACCCGAACACAAGAGGAGAAACUGGAGCAUGUCCGAGCUCUUAUCAGAAAGUAUUCUGACCACCUGGAGAACGUGUCAAAAUUGGUGGAGUCAGGGAUCCAGUUCAUGGAUGAGCCAGAAAUGGCAGUGUUCCUGCAGAAUGCCAAGACCCUGUUACAAAAGAUCUCGGAAGCAUCGAAGGCAUUUCAGAUGGAGAAAAUAGAACAAGGUUAUGAACUCAUGACCAACUUCACAGUCAACCUCAACAGAGAAGAAAAAAUUAUCCGUGAAAUUGAUUUUUACAGAGAAGAGGAAGAUGAUGAGGACACAGGAGAAACAGAAGAAGGAGAAGGAGGGGAUGCAGUAGAAGUAGAAGAGGUAGAAAAUGUUCAAAUAGAGUCAUCAGGGGAAGAGGAGAGUAUGGGAAAGUCCCCAGAGUCCUCUCAGCUGACCUCAGAGCUCCAGGCUUCCCCAGGACCACUACUUGCUGUCUCUCCAGAACCGAUUUCAUCCAUGCCACCUGCUGCAGAUGUCCUGGUGACACAGGGGGAGGUGGUGCCCACUGGCUCUCAGCAGACCACACAGUCUGAAACUCCAGGCCCUUCAGCAGCGGAAACUGCGGAUCCCUUGUUUUACCCUAGUUGGUAUAAAGGCCAAAGCCGGAAAACCAUCUCCAAUCCACCUUGCACUCCUGGGAGUGAAGGUCUGGGGCAAAUAGGGCCUCCGGGUGCUGAGGAUACCAGUGUGCAGACGGCAGAAGUGGCAGAAGCCUCAGCCAAUGAGCAGGCAGUGAGUGGUAAGGAAUCUAGCGCACCUGCAGCUGCCUCUCAGGUUGGAUUUGAGGCCCCUCCUCCCCAGGGACAGGCUGCAGCCUCUGGGAGUGGAGGUGGGGCUGAUUCUGAGCCAGCUCGCCAUGUCUUCUCCUUCUCUUGGUUGAAUUCCCUGAAUGAAUGAUAUUUAUUCUGGCUGCUUCCCCCUGUCGGCCUGGCGGAGAAGCACACAGGCAGCAGAGAACCUGGAUG